CCGUCUAGUCGGUUAAUGGUACACAACCAAGCAGUUGCAUUCUUAUUGUGACCCGCGUAGCAAAGGUAACUAUAGAGCGGCGCGGUCCGGUCUGUUGUUAGAUGCUCCAGGCUACGAAUCGUUAAUGAGAGCCUAAUCGGCAUUGUAACGCAAACGUCGGUAUCGGAAUCGGUACUGGUAUUGGUACUGCUACUGCUACUGUUAUUAGAAGUUCUAAGGUAUCGCGUAGUGUUAUUUCUCCAAGUGGAGCAGCAACCGAGAUUCCCCUACAUAUUUAUGUAAAUAAGUUUAUCUAAGUUUAUCGCGUUCCGUUCCGUUCACGUUCACUUGUCAUAAUUAACAAAUAUUCCGCGCAUUGCGCAAAGUGAAAAUGUGCAAAAGUGUUGGCCAAUACAUACAUAUGAGGAAUUGAAAGCGGCGAAUACGAAAUGAACAAGUGAAUUAAAACAAAGGCGGAUGCUCAGCUUCAUUUAUGUUUGUGCAGUUCGAGUCCCCAUGACAUCGCCAACAAAAGGGAUCCCCCUUCAAUUCACAGUUAACAUCUGCACAGAUUCUUGAGCUUAGUCUGUUUCCCGUGGUGUGGACGCAGCGUGAGCGUGAAGUCAAAAGUCGGCAAACUGCGCUAUUCUCGAAAAAUUUCUGUGUAGGCAUUUUAAAUGUGAGCAUUGGCACAUGCAUACCUACCUGUGUAUGUAUUGUAUGUACAUCUGAUUACAUCACAUUCAGUGGAAUCAAUAAAGCGUCAAACCAUCUACAUAUCCAGAAUCAAUUAUGUUUACGUUGCAACCAACACCGACGGCGAUCAGUACUGUAGUGCCCCCAUGGUCUGCGGGAACUCUCAUUGAGCGCCUACCAUCUCUCGAGGAAAUGGCUCACAAGGACAAUGUGAUUGCGAUGAGAAAUCUGCCUUGUUUAAGUACCGCAAGUGGUAGUGGACUAGGCGGAAAAUCUGCUACUGCGAUGGAAGCCGUGGAUGCGACCACAGGGGCGCAACCCCAUUCGACAUCGUCGUAUUUUACCACAACUUACUACCACUUAACUGAUGACGAAUGUCACAGUGGAGUAAACCAGCUGGGCGGUGUUUUUGUUGGUGGACGACCAUUGCCUGAUUCAACGCGCCAGAAAAUUGUUGAGCUCGCGCAUUCCGGAGCUCGGCCAUGUGAUAUUUCUCGGAUUCUACAAGUUUCUAAUGGAUGCGUUAGCAAAAUUCUAGGCAGAUAUUAUGAAACCGGAAGCAUUCGACCACGCGCCAUCGGUGGAUCCAAGCCACGGGUCGCUACGGCUGAAGUCGUUAGCAAAAUUUCGCAAUACAAACGCGAGUGCCCGAGCAUUUUUGCCUGGGAAAUUCGAGAUAGAUUACUGCAGGAGAACGUUUGCACCAACGACAAUAUUCCAAGUGUUUCAUCGAUAAAUCGAGUAUUAAGAAACUUGGCGGCACAAAAGGAGCAACAAAAUUCCGGAACGAGUAAUUCAAGUACAAACACUAGCACCAGCGCCAAUCCUACAGUAAAUGUAAAUGGUACUGCUACCAGUGCGCAGAGCCAGAGUGGAACUAGAACCACACUGAGCUCGGGAGGCGACUUGAUGCAAACAGCCACGCCUUUAAACUCUUCCGAAAGCGGCGGAGCCAGCAAUUCUGGCGAAGGCAGCGAACAGGAGUCUAUUUAUGAGAAGCUCCGUCUCCUCAAUACUCAGCAUGCAGGUGGAUCGUUGGAUCCAGCCAUAGCCAUCUCGUCACCGAACCAUUUUGGAACCAAUCCCCAUUCCAGUCAUCCCCAGCUGGUGCACAGCCAACAGCACCAACAGGCAUCGCAGCUUCAACAGGCAAGCUGGCCUCCACGCCAUUAUUCAACUGGAUCCUGGUACACCUCCCCUCUAAACGGCAGUGAAAUACCGAUCCCAGUGUCAUCCGGCUCCAGUAUGACUUCAGUGGCUGUAUAUGCCCCAGGUUCAACGACAUCUCAGCCCUUGAGUCCACCCAAUUUAGCCGGCGGUGGGAACCACAACCACUUGAGCAACUGCCCCAUGACCACUGACGACAUUCUUCUAAAAAAAGAGCUUGACGGACAUCAGUCGGAUGAAACGGGUUCCGGUGAAGGGGAAAACUCCAAUGGCGGCGCCUCCAAUAUUGGAAACAGCGAGGAUGAUCAGGCUCGCCUAAUACUUAAACGGAAACUGCAGCGUAACCGCACUUCCUUUACAAAUGAGCAGAUAGAUAGCCUAGAAAAAGAGUUUGAACGCACACAUUAUCCGGAUGUUUUUGCUAGGGAACGCUUGGCUGGUAAGAUCGGUUUGCCGGAGGCAAGAAUACAGGUUUGGUUUUCAAACCGUCGUGCUAAGUGGCGCCGCGAAGAGAAGUUACGAAAUCAGCGCAGGACACCAAAUUCUACGGGAACAAGUGGAACUUCGUCUUCAACUUCAGCAAAUGCGUCUUUAACCGACAGUCCUAAUAGUCUCGGGGCUUGCUCCUCGUUGCUAUCGGGCAAUUGUCCCUCAGGAAACACAAUCAACGGGUUAGCGUCGCCAAACACGCUGUCUACGCCGGCCGUGGGUGGUGUUGAAAGCACUGACAGUCCCACACCAACGCUGCAUCUAAGAUCCGUUGGAAACUCCGACAGUGCUGGUGGGCAACCACAAGAAGAUGGCAGCGACGCUUGUUCGCCUGGCCUAGCGAUCUCCGGGCAACAUAGUACCCAUCAUCACCUUGCACAUGCCCAUGCCCAUGCACAUUCGCAUCCGCAUACGCACACUCACUCGCACGCUCUUCCUGCCAUUUCGCCGCGCCUAAAUUUCAAUAGCGGAAGUUUCAGCAGCUCUAUGAGUGCGAUGUACUCGAAUAUGCACCAUCCCGCAUUGUCGAUGGGAGAUAGUUACGGUUCUAUUACACCAAUGCCAAGCUUCAGCCAUUCAUCGGUGGGACCUCUGGCCCCUCCAUCGCCCUUAUCACAGCAACGCGACCUUACGCCCCCUUCGCUGUAUCCGUGCCACAUGACCCUGCGACCACCACCGAUAGCUGGGCCACAUCAUCACCUAUCUCCGAAUGAUGCUGGAAACAGCGCUAAUGUACAUUCAUCGAAUUUGGGAGCAAGCAACAAUGGAACCGGAUACGAGGUAAUCUCCUCAUAUGGCUUAGCACCACCGCCGCUGCCAUCUGGUGGUGCAGCUGAUGGCAGUUCGUCCGCCACCGCCAAUAUCGCCGUUUCUUCUCAUCAAAUUAUGGAGCCACGUCAGUCCCCUUGCAGUCCACAGCAUUUGGGAGCUUCUAUUCACAGUUCUGGAUUUGCUACCGAGGCAAUUUCGAGCGCUGUUCCUUCAUACGCGCACAUGAGCUAUAACUAUGCGACGGCUGCCAAUAAUGUGCCUCCCUCUGGCGGUGGCAACCCAGUACCUGGUCUCAAUUCACAUGGAGCCAGUGGAAAGCAACAGUUUUUUGCCUCUUGUUUCUAUUCACCUUGGGUCUAGAGCUAGACGCAUGUAGGGAGAUUUAGAAAGAGAUAAAGACAAAUAGAUUUUUUGAUUAUCCUUAAGGGCUCCCUAAAAUAAAUCGAAUUUACAUAUCUCUAACAAAUUUAUGGAGGUUGUAGAAAAAUGUAUUUAUUACAUAGUUCCGGCCAAGGAUUCUAACUUAUACGCGUAGAAUAAUUGGUGUGAUUAAAUGAUCUAAUUUUAACAAAUGAA